GCCUCCCUCUUCACACGCGAGUUCCUCGUUUCCUGGAGCUGCAUACGCGGUGACCAUGAUCUCAGUUACCGGCCUGCUGGUGUGCCGCGCGCUACCAUGCUCCAUGCCGCAGCUGCCUUUAAACACGACGAGGUGGUGGAAUGGAUUCUGUGCCACCCGGGUAUUACUGUCGACUGCGACGCGUACCUCUGGUGCCUCUGUCCGUCCACGCACAUGCGCCUCACACCUUGGAGUUGCAGCUUGGAGCCUGGAACGAGUGUGACGCCUCUUCACCUCGCCCUCGCCCAUGGUAACGAGUCGACCGCUCGAGUCUUGAUUGAGCACGGCGCCGUCUGGGAUCGUCCCUUGCCGCUCAGCAGGGGUAUAACGGGUUUACACCUCAUGGCCUGCAACGGACUGUCGCAACUCAUCCACUGGAUUGCUGACGAGAACGACGCCCGGCAACAAUGCCAGACAGAGGUCAUCGAUCGGCAACGCCAACGACCCGAUGGUGGCGGAGAACACGAUUGGCCCGACGACAGGGGAAGGUCGGCGUUGCACUUCGCUUCCUUUGCGCCGGCAACAAGGACGGGAGCACACGGCGACGACCUUGCCGCCGCCGCGCGGCUGGUGAACGGUCUCAUGCGUCUAGGUGCCUUGUGGAACACGAAGGACCGGGCUGCGAUUGCACGACGGAUCGCGGCGGCGAAGCAGCGUCUCAUGGCGGAAGAGCCAUCUUGCGGCGACGAGGACAGGACGGAUGGGAGAUUGAGGUGGUUCCUUGCCGUCUGUCACGAACAAGAGCUGAUGGAGGAACGGUGGGCCCUGAGACCUCUGCCAGUCGAAUAUGCGCUGUACGCCGGCAACGGGGCCGUUGCGGUGGCGAUC